GGGGAGGUAGCGGCGGCCGCAGCAGAUUCUGGCUCUGACCCAGGCCACAGAUUCCAGGAUUCUGUAAGCAGGAAGCACCUCCGAAGUCAGGAUAGGACAGGCAGGAGGCAGGAGAGUAACUACAAUGACUUCAGCAGUACUGGUGGACAUACGAGAUGAAGUGACCUGCCCUAUCUGCUUGGAGCUCUUAACGGAACCCAUGAGCCUAGACUGUGGCCACAGCUUCUGCCAAGACUGCAUCACAGGAAACAGCAAGCAAUCAGAGAUCAGCCAAGAAGGGGGAAGCAGCUGUCCUGUGUGCCGGACCAGCUACCAGCCUGGGAACCUCCGGCCCAAUCGGCACCUGGCCAACAUAGUGGAGAGACUCAGGGAGGCAGUGUUGGGCCCUGAGAAGCAGCAGAAGGUAAUUCUAUGUACACACCAUGGAGAGAAACUGCAGCUCUUCUGUAAGGAGGAUGGGAAGAUCAUUUGCUGGCUUUGUGAGCGGUCUCUGGAGCACCGUGGUCAUCAUACAUUCCUCGUGGAGGAGGUUGCCCAGGAGUACCAGGAGAUGUUCCAAGAGUCUUUGAAGAAGCUGAAGAAAGACCAGCAGGAAGCUGAGAAGCUAACAGCUGUUGUCAGAGAGAAGAAGGCAUGCUGGAAGAGUCAGAAGGAACCUGAGAGACAUAGGAUCCAGACACAGUUUAAUAAGCUGAGAAGCAUACUGGACAAAGAGGAGCAGCGGGAACUGAAAAAGCUGGAGGAGGAAGAGAAGAAGGGGUUGAGUAUUAUAGAAGAGGCUGAGGAUGAGCUGGUCCAGCAGAGCCAGUUACUGAGAGAGCUUAUCUCAGAUCUGGAGCGUCGGUGUCAGGGGUCAGCGAUGGAGCUGCUGCAGGAUGUGAAUGAUGUCACAAAAAGGAGUGAGUUCUGGACCUUGAAGAAGCCAAAAGCUCUUCCCAGCAAGCUGAGAAUUGAGUUUCGAGCCCCAGAUCUGAAAAAGAUGCUGCGAGUGUUUAGAGAGCUGACAGAUGUCCAAAGCUUCUGGGUGGACGUGACUCUGGAUCCACAGACAGCUAAUUUAAAUCUUCUCCUGUCUAAAAACCGAAGGCAGGUGAGAUUUGUGGGUGCUAAGCUGCCUGGGCCUCCCUAUCUGAGAGAGCAUCACUACUGUAGUGUCCUGGGCUCCCAGCACUUCUCCUCAGGAAAACAUUACUGGGAGGUGGAUGUGACCAACAAGACUGACUGGAUCCUGGGGGUGUGCAGUAAUUCAGUGGUACCUGCAUUUUCUUUCCACCAAUAUGCCAGCAAUCAGAGUGUUUGCUCCAGCUAUCAACCUCAAAGUGGAUACUGGGUGAUUGGGUUAAAGCAUAAGCAUGAAUAUAGAGCCUAUGAGGACUCUUCUACUUCGCUGCUUCUCCUCAUGACUGUACCGCCCCGCCGGGUUGGGAUUUUCUUAGACUAUGAGGCCGGCAUUGUUUCCUUUUAUAAUAUCACGAACCACGGCUUCCCUAUCUACACCUUCUCUAAAUAUUACUUUCCGACUCCCCUUUGUCCAUAUUUUAAUCCUUGUAACUGUGUGGUCCCAAUGACCCUGCGUUACCCACGCUGUUGAACAUUCUGCUAUCCCCACCUAUCUCAGUUUUUUAAUGCUGCUAUAAAAGAAAUACCACAAGUGGGUGGCUUUAACAAACAUAUUUAUUU